CGAGGGCUUUGCUUGCCUUCCAGCAGCAGGCAGACGCACGGCCUGCCUGCUCUUCGUUCUUCGAUAAGGUUUUUGCAACUGGGGCGACGAGACGAGCGCGAGAGCGAGGCUGUUUUCGUUGGCGGACGCGGGAGCGGAGGAGAGGAUCGUCGUUCGGACCCGGUGGAGGAAGUCUCGUCUGCAGGGAAGAAGAGUUGAAUCGAAGGGACGGUAGUGGCGGAAGGAUAUGGCGAAGCCAUGGGGUGGAUCAUGGGCGCAAGAGGCAGAGCAAGCAGAGGCCGAGGCCAAAAUGAAGGGAGCCACAUCCCUACCCGCCGAGGCGUUUCCAUCGUUGGUCGAAUCGGUCGCCACGAAGCCCAAGAAGAAGAAGGCGACUACGUUGAGCAUCUCCCAGUUCACGACUGGUACGCAUGUCGGCCCCGGCGGAAAGUCUCGCCAGAUCUCGGACUCGCAGCGUCUCACCACCGAGGAGAUGUUCAUGCUGCCCACGGCACCUCGAGACAGGACCAAUGAAGAAAUUGAAGCCGGAGGCCUCGGCGGAGGGUUCCGCGACUAUGGAGGUAACAGGGGCGGAGGUGGGCGCCUGGGCUUUGGCGACAGAGGGGCUGGUGAUCGCGAACCUCGUGGCGAACGAGGGUUCGGUGGUGGUUUUGAUAGGGAUAGGGAAGAGCGUCGGGGCAUGGGUCGAGACAGGGAUCCAAGAGACGAUGGGCCCUCGAGGGCAGACGAGGCAGACAACUGGGGCGCCUCCAAGAAGACCUCCUUGCCGUCCUCCUACGUCGGGAGCGGUGGUGGAGGCAGAGGUGGCGGAGGUUACGACGACGAUCGCAGUGACAGAGGCGGACGGAUGAGCGAUCGCGAUCUCCCAUCGAGGGCCGACGAGGACGCCAACUGGGGGACGUCCAAGAAGUCCGUGCCCGCGCCCGUGGAAGGAUUCGGCGACAGACGGGGCGGACGAGGCGGUGGAUUUGAAGAGCGCAGGAGCGGAGGAGGGUUCGAAGAUGCCCCCGGGGGAAUCUCCCGCGCCGACGAAGUGUCCAACUGGGGCGCAGCCAAGAAGUCCAUGCCGACCACGGCCCCUCCCGAGCGCCGCGGCGGUGGUGGCGGAUUCGAUACCUCGUACAGGGAUGCAGGCCCUGAAGCUGAUCGCUGGUCCAGGCGCGAGGCUCCGUCCGCCCGGGAUGACUUAGUUAGGCCAGCUGAGCGACGCCGCCUGGUGCUCCAGCCCCGUUCAAUUCCUGUCGAAACCGCUCUGACUCUGCCCCUGCUCAUCGACCGCAAUGGCGAAAACGAAAGGCCCCAUUCCUCCCACUCUACCCGUUCAGAUCGCUCGGUAGCGGUGUCCGAAAACUCUCUCAUGGGCGAUGGCGUCGUUGCGAAGUCCAAACCUAGAUCCAAUCCGUUCGGAGCUGCCCGCCCCCGCGAGGACGUCCUUGCCGAGAAGGGUCAGGAUUGGAGGAAACUCGACGCCGAAUUUGAUUCGAAGGCCGAGAAGUUCAGCAGGCCUUCUAGCAGUCACUCGAGCCGUUCCAGCAGGCCUCAGACUCCCGAAGUUGGCGCCGGGGAAGGCCUUCCGAAAUCACGGUCGAGGGUGAGCCCGUUUGGAGACGCGAGGCCACGAGAGCGAGACUCCUAUGAGGACAGGGGCAACAGGGACUGGCGGAAGUUCGAUGUGGAUCUGCAGGACAGGCCAGGGAGGGAACAAGUAAAGGCGGCACCGGAAGAGAACAACAAUGUUGAGAUAGUUUCUUGAAGAAUAUUAGGGCGACGGGCUGCCCGGAGCAGGAGAGGCAUGGUGGCACAUUCAGAUAUAAUGCACUGAUAGCGUAGUGUUAGCCAGUUGAAAUUCAUCAAGUUUUCCACACGGGUUCAUUUCGGUUAUUGCAUAAGGCUGUGGGCUUUCAACGAGCCAUUCUCUAUCCUUCCGGUCAACUUGAAGGGAGAGAGAGGAAGAGAGAGGGUGGGGGACGGGCGGGCAAUUGGGAGGGAGGGUUAGAGUGGUUUUUUCCAUGAAGCAGAGGUCUUUUUUGGGAGGGUGCCGCAGAUUUUCUGACUUGUCAGUUUUUGUGUCCAAUAGGGGCAGUUGUUAAGUCAGGUUGGGCCUUUUUUUUUCCUAUUUUUUUUGAAUCUCAGUUAGGGCAAUAGAAGCAGCAAUGUGGAAGAGAGUGGUAAAAUUUCCGAAAGAGAAGUUAAGGAGGCAUCAACUUUCCUAGCCAGUGUGCCUUAGGUCCAUAGUGGUUCUAACUUAAGUUCAAUGCUGUGUUACUAUUCAGUCCAAAUAAGAAAACAUUCAGAUCACCAAAUUCUUACGACCAAUGAACCUGCACUCUGCUGGGUCAGAUCUGAUGGAAGUAGGGGAAGAGGGAGAUAGUGUACUGUUACGCUCACUGGCGCUGUGAAAGCCGGUUGGUCUUAAAGUCUCCUUGCCAAACUGGGUUAGAGACUGGUUUUUGCCCUCAGCAACACAUUCUUAGGCCGGGGUUUGUACACGAUUCAGCACAUCUGCUGCGAAAUGACACCGGGCUGACUCUCUUCCCAAGCCUUGAUCAAUCGCGUUCUUGUAUUUGCCGGUUUACAUUGACUGAAAUUGAUGCCAAGUAGCAUUAUUGCCCUGUACAACAUCAAUUAGUUACGCACGAUGUUGACAUUGAGAUAAGCCUCAUCAGGAUAUUUUUUGGGAAUUCUCCCCACCAUAAACUAUCUAGUUGUUCGGGAGUCCUCUGAAAUCUAAUUUUCUAGUACCUUUUGUAUUUUACCUUGCCGGGAAGUUCCUACUUCUAUCUUUCAACGGUCCUGUCUAGCCGAGGUCCUCCUCUCUCAGUUAUCAUUCGGUUGACUGUGAAGAUAGGUUCCUGUACCCCACCAGCUAUUGUCUGGUCCGCCUUGUCUACAGAAAAUGGAUGUGGAUACCGACUUGUUAAUACUCAUCUCUUCAAAUCACAAAUGUGUGUCCCGGACUUCCGCC